CAGUGAAGGCUGUGGUUGCUGCUCCUUUGUGAGCGCUCAAGCCGGUGUUCCGCUUUCUGGCCCCUUCGUGGCACGUAGGUCAGGCGACACUCUCCCGGAGGGCCAUUUCGGCGACAGGCGGGCCGCGAUGGACUUCCCGAGCUCCCUCCGCCCUGCAUUGUUCAUGACUGGUCCCCUUGGCAUGAGCAGUGUCCCCGACUUGUCCUUUAUGUGCAGCUGGAGAGAUGUCCUGACCUUGCCAGAGUCUCAGCCCCAUAACUCCAAGGAUGGGGCUCUGCAGUUGGUGAAGGAUCUGUUAUGGGAGCCAGCAACUCCAGGACCCCUACCCCUGCUGCCUCCUGGUCCUGAUCCCUGGGACCCUGGCGUGACUGCCCGGGAUGUCCUUUUCCGAGGAGCUUACCACUACCGGAAGCAGCCCCAAGUUGUGCUGGAUGUUACUGAACAGCUCAGUAGGUUCCUGUGGGAUCAUGGGGACAUAGCCUUUGCACCGCUAGGAAAGCUGAUGCUGGAGAAUUUCAAACUGGAGGGACGCCGGAGCCACUCUAAGAAGAUGACAGUAGUCAGUGUGAAGAGACUGCUACAGGACCUCGGUGGACAUCAGCCCUGGGGGUGUCCCUGGGCUUACCUCAGCCACCGGCAGCGCCGCUUCUCCCUCCUCGGGGGCCCAGUCCUGAGCAGGGCUGUGUCAAGCCUCCUGGGGCAGCUGCUGCAUGAGGAACUGGCCCUGCGGUGGGAGCAGCUGCUGCUGGACGAGGCCUUCACUGGAGGCGCCUUGGCCUGGAUUCCUGGCCGAACUGCAGAGGCCGGGCAGCUGGUCUUCCCUGCUGGAGGUGCUCUGGACAGGCUACAGUUCCAGGAGGUUAGUCUGACCUCAGGUGGCAACCCCCAGGUCCUAGGGGAUCCUGGAUGCAUCCAGCUCCGUGGACCUGUCCGGCAAGUGGUAACCUCCACCAUCCAGGGAGAAACGCUGCUGGCUGUCCGCUCUGACUACCACUGUGCUGUGUGGAAGGUUGGCAAGCAGGGGUGCCCAGCCCUUCUUCAGGUGCUACAGGUCAGGAAGGGCGCCACCGGGAUUAGUCUCAGCCCUCACCUUCCCGGGGAGCUGGCCAUCUGCAGCCGCUCUGGAGCCGUGUGUCUGUGGACCCCCCAGGAUGGACUGCAGCAAGUCUACAAGGACCCUGAUACCCUUGUGUUCCGGGACCCUUCUCCCUGGCGCUGGGCAGACUUUACUGCCCACCCUCGGGUGCUGACUGUGGGUGACCGCACUGGCGUGAAGAUGAUCGACACUCAGGGCCCCCCAGGCUGUGGGCUGCUGCUUUUCCGUGGAGGAGCAGAGGCGUCCUGUCAGAAAGGGGAACGUGUGCUGCUUGCUCAGUACCUAGGCCAUUCGGGUUCUGGAUCUUUCUCUCCCACUGUGCACCUCAUCUGUACUCAGUUCUCUCUCUACCUGAUGGAUGAGCGCCUCCCCCUAGUGCCAAUGCUGAAGUGGGACCAUGGCCUGCCCUCUGCUCCCCUGCUGGCCUGCCUGCUGCCUCCUGCUGGACCCAGCUGCCCACAGCCCCUGCUUCUCGGGGCCCAGGGCGGGCAGCUGCAGCUCCUGCACAUCACAGGAGACGGGGCCUCCAUGACCCGGCUGGCAGGGCCCCCCCAGUCUCUGCCCUCCAGCACUGACUCCCUGUCUGCCUUUCCCCUGUUGGAGCCCAAGAGCCAGCGGCAACUGCAAGAGCGUCUGGAAGCCCCAACCAUAGGUCUGGCUGCUGCCAUCCCACCCUGUGCCUCUGUGCCGGGCCUGUCACUCUUCCAGCUCUCAGCAGCUGGGGAUGUCUUCUAUCAGCACCUCUGCCUCCAUGCAGCCUCAAGCCUUGGAGGAGAUGCAGAAUCGCCGGGUGACCCCAGGCCUGAGUGCCUUCCCCCCAGUGCAACAGUGUGCCCCUUGGACCAGUCACCCACACCCUACUGGACCCCCCAGGCCACUGCCCACUGCAGUCGCUGGCUGGAGGCCCUGCUACAGGUACCUCCUGUGUCCCCCACAUGGGCUGCACCCACCUUCUCCCACCGCCAGCUGCUGAGACGCCUGGAGCUGCAGCAGAGCAAUGGGAGAGUGGUACAGUCUCUCCGGACAGCCAUGGCUGAAGGGCAGCUCCUGCAGCGCAGGGACCUCAGCUCGCUCCCGGCAGCAGAGCCGCCCCCUGCACCAGAGUCGGACCUGCAGGAUGAGCUCAGUGAGCGUUUGGGGGAAGCCUGGGAAGGCCGAGGGGCUGCUUGGUGGGAGAGACAGCAGGGCAGAAACUCGGGACCUGGCAAACAGGCCAAGCGACCCAAGCGCCGGACUCAGCUAUCCAGUACCUUCUCCUCGCUCACGAGCUGCUUGGAUCUACCAGAAACCAACAGCAGCCCUCGCCACCCAGACCAGACCCCAUCAGAGGCCGGGACACAGGGUGUCCAGCCAGAGAGCCAGCAGACCCUUUGGGACUACAUGGCCAAGCUGCCACUUCAGGACACCCCAAGGUGUGCCAUCAUGUCCCCCUCCCAGGCCUCCAGCAUCCAGGCCACUCCCUCCUUGCAGCAGACACCCGUCCUCUCUGGCUGCAAACCCCUCCGGAAGAAGCCACGCAUGGGCUUCUGAGGGCAUGGGGAAGGUGCCUCCAGGGUACAGAGCUUCUACCUCUUGUGACCGUGGGAGAUCUAGAAGUGGUUUAGAGCGAAGUCCAAGAAAUGGGUGAUAGGACAGUCUGAGCUUUGUACAGGGCCUGCAGAUGGUUCCAGAACAAGAAGCCCAGUGAAGGUUCUGUGUUGAGAGCUGGUGUUACCAGGAUUCCCUGUAGGCCACGGGGCGGGCCAUGCUAGUGCCCCCAAUGUUUGAUAGGGGUGGGAUGAGCCCCUGGCAGUGCCUCACAAGUAACUGCCCAGUGCAGGACAGCAGUCACUGACACGGGUAUGUUGUGUUGGGUACAGUCUGCUUGGGUCCUACUGUGCUUAAGACGCUCCAGGCUCUACUAAGUAAACCUGUCCUCUGAGGGUUAGCCUCCCAUCCCCCCCCCAGCUCUCCAGGUCCAUGCACACAGCUCCACUCCAUCCAUCAUGGAGAAUCCCACUUGGGGUUGUACAGGUGACAGGUUGAUGCGUGGAUAUUAAAAUGUUUAUUUUACUAAAAUUUAUGCUGUAAGUAAACAUGGGAAAGUGAUGUGGUCCCAAACAUGGAAGACUGAGGGGUGCAAAGGUACAUGGGCUACCCAUGCACCUAUCACAAUGAAGGCCCCAGAGCAGUGGCCCUCUGGGAGGAAGGGGCGACCUGCGUCCUCUGCCUGCCACUGCUAGUCUGAUGGUGGAGGGGCUUUGGGUUUAGUCCAAGCCAAAUUCGAUGUCCUCUUGACCUGCCCUGGUGCUGGGCUCUUCAGACCGCACUUCCUUCUCUUCAGUUCUGACUCCUAAAGAGAAGAGAAGACCACUCAGGGAUCCCCAAGGCAGUCAGCCCUGGUUCCUGCCUGCAGAUCUGAGAUCGGCCUCACAGUUGUCAGGAGAACCCCUUGUGCCGGGUGAGGGUAAGGAACCACAGAGGCCCAGCAGCCCCAGUUUGGACAGCCAUUCAAAGGCAGCCUUCUCUUCACAAGCUGCUGGUGGAUACCAGCAGCCAGUGCCAGGUGUGGCUUUGAGGCUGUCUUUGAUCAUCAGGCAGGUAACUGAGCCUCUGGUCCUCACUGUGGUACCACACCCAGGUGUCCAGGCCAUAGAGUCCACAGUGCCUUCCUGCUAUCGGAAGCUUUGGUAUGGGAAAGUUGAGGAUGGGCUGGUGGUGACAGAGUGAAAAUGGAGUUCUAUAGCACC